UCAAUAAAUAAAAAAAAAAUCACAGUAUUUCUUGAGUCCUGUGCAACUAAGAGUGCUUCAGUGUACCUGUAUGAGGGGGAACAUUAGGACGUUUACCGAACAUUAGGACGUUUACCGAGGACGUCUACUGCCCCUGUUCACCUAGCAGCUAAAAUUAUAAAUUAAAAUUCUUUAUUUCUCUGUUGAUAUUACAAUGUGGGGUUUACAUGUUAUAAAAUACUGUAUAUUAUAAAAUACUUAUUACAAAGAAGGCCACUAGUAUGCCUAGGCAUUUCGGGCAGACUAAUACUAAUUCUUGUUCUAUAUUGACACAGGUUAUGAAUCGUACUGAUAAUAUCAUACUGAUAUUAAAGUUAGGUAGCUGUAGUGGUUAACUAGAUUUACAAAAGUGAGGUCAAAACUUUAAGAAAUUAACAAUAUCUAUUAAUGGGAAUGGUCUUGUCUUGGCAUGAUAUAGUUUCUGUUAAACCAUACCACGGGGCGGGGAUAGAACCCGCGAUCACAGUCUCAAAACUCCAGACCGUCGCUUUAAGUGGCUAACGUGACGGGUCUGGAGUUUCUAUUAGUCGACUUGUGUGGGUCGCAUCCUGAGGACAAAUCUAGAUUUAUAUUUAAUACCUCUAUGAGUACUAAUUUUCCAUAAAGGUUGGUUAAUGGGGUUUAAUUAAAGCCCAGUGACUACAUUAGUGUCAGUGAAGAGUCAAGUUUCACCACCAGACAAGAAUACUUUAAUUUCAAGACUGAGGGAUCGAACGCAUCGACUUCAGGAUAAGACUGAUUGCUUUAAACCCCUUAUCUUUCUCUGUCCUUCUCUGUAUUGGACUGAAGAAGCCACUGGCUGGCAAAACGUUUCCUCAGUAAAUUAUUAUUAUUAUUAUCAAAAAGAAGCGCUAAGCCACAAGGGCUAUACAGCGCUGUUCCUCAGAAAAGAUUACCAAAUGUUACACAAGUGUCUCAGUCUUCAUGACAAAAUAUACACUGAGGUGUACUAUCUCAUCAGCAAGUGUCUUGAUCUAGGGACCUGGAUCUAUGCUUCAGUUCCAUGAAUUAAGCCUGAAUACCUCCCCCCCCCAUAGGCGCUGUAUAAACUUACGGGUUUAGCGUUUCCUCCUUGAUUAUAAUAAUAAUAAUCAGCUCAUGCUGAGAAUUCAGUCUAUUUUUAAAGCAUUCUUGUCUGGUGACGAAAAGAUUACGAGGAGCCAUAAUGUCCUUAGUGCAGUCGAUAGACUUAAAACCCAAUUAACUAUUCAACCUAACACCAUGUUUUUAAUAUUGAUUUUUACUUCAUUUAAUAGAUAUUACAAGGACCCCAGUGGAAUUAAGUCACUUUGGCUUUCUGGGAGGUUAUCCUAGGUAAUUUACACAUAUAUUACUAGGUAAGACCAUUGUAACCAUCCAAAGAUGGUGUAACUCGAAUACAUUUAUUUACUGAAUUUAAGGAUAAGUGAUGACGGUAGUGUGUCGACGGGUCCUCCAGCCGUCUCAACCCUCGGGACUUGUGCGCCAACCUUCCUCAGGUGUGGUGUCUUACUCUCACUUGAGUAUUGGUCACCUCAGGGGAGGUCCUUGACGUUGAUGGAUUGUGGCAAAAUCAGAACCUUAAGGUCUAAAACAUCAAGACAGGAGAACCAAAUUAGACCAUUAAAGUACGUCAAGACAUUCAUGGAAAGAGUACCGCAGAGUCCCACAGACGUUGCCUCCCUUGGGAGGUAUGGGAAGGUGGAAGAUUCAGCAGAGAUGGGACCUGUUCCAUUUAUUUCAUUUCCAGAGGAGGAUCCUAUUUUGAUAUCAAAAAAGAACUCACGAGUGUCGGAGACCUCGUCAACACUGCUCGAGUCAGACAGUGAAGAUCCACUGGACUUGAAAGUAGUUGAUUCCUUGUUGGUGUUUGAGAAAGAUCCUUUGAGUUUAAAAAUAACUGGGACUCAGAUGGUGGUAAACAAGCAUUUACAUGUGAUAAAUGAUGCUGUGCCUAUUCUGGAGUCUGAGGACAAUAAAUUAGAGCUGAAAACAUCUGUGUCUCAGCUGGUAUCUCAGGAUGAUGAUCCUUUAGAGACAGAGAAAUCUCUGCCAGAGUUUAUUAAACAAGAUAAUCCAUUAGAGCUGGAAAAAUCUGUGUACCAGCUGGUAUAUUAUGAUGAUCCUUUAGAGACAGCAAAAUCUCUGUACUGUCACAGUGAUCCAUUAGGAAUGGUACCAUCUUCACUCAAUCUGAUGUCGGAGGAUGAUACACCAGAGAAUAUGAUAAUUGUGCCGCCACUGAUGUCAGGAGAUCCAUUAGAGAUGGAAGUACUACCUACCCAGCCAAAGUCUGAGGUGGAUGAUUCACUGGAGACUGUAACAUGUGGGUCAAAAAGGAUGUUCGAGGAAGAUUUAACAGUCACAACAAGGAUAGUGCAUGUGUCUUCUCCAGUUCCAGAGAAGGAUCCAUUGCAGCUGACAUUCCCAACCUUGCAAGAAUUAAAAGAGUAUUCUUGGAUGGGUAUUUUAUCCUUAUCACUGUCAGACAGUUAUCCAACUUAUUCAAAUUUGAAGACUAAAAUUCAACCUCAGGAUAUGCUAACAAGAAGCCUGUACCACAGCUGUGUGAAAGCCUUUCCUUCAACCUAUGAUGGAUGAAAGUCAUUUGAGAGCUUCUUUUCUAAACAUCUGAUAGUCACUGGAAACAAGAUGGACCAAAUUAAUUUUAUGGAUUUUUACAAAGAAUAUUUAAUAUUUUGUAAGAGGGAAAAAUUAUAUGCCUCAGAGUACAAGAACAUCAUUUGUCACCUUGCAUAUCUGGGUUUCGAUUUAACUGAAAGGCUUUUACAUAGUAUCAUUUCAGACAUCACAGAUCUUUUUCUCUCAGCUUAUUCAAAAUUGCACAUUAAAAAAUUUCCUGCUGCCAUGAUGGUGUCCAUAGUGUUUCACCUCUGGUUUUUGGGAGUUGUCAUAAAGGAAGAUUAUAAAAAUAUUUAUAAAUUUUAUGGUUUAGUCAUACAAUCUGAUGAACCCCAGGAAUCAGAAUCAAAUGUAAUAAUUACUGAUAGUCUCUCAACAGCUGCUGAACACCAGUCCCAGACAUUUUCUUACAUGGAUAAAAACAGAUCCCCCAACAUGAAGACUCAAGCCCAAUCCCAGCUAUCUUCUCAAAUGAAAAUUAAAGGAUCACAAGAGACAAAGACUGAGAAAAAAUUGUUUGAACAUCUAAACAUAAAACAAAUGACCCAACUGUGGCAGGAGGGUGGUGAUAAACAAUCAUUUGAAGCAUUUUUUAAAGCCCAACUGCAUGUAACUGGACAUGAAAGUGAUGAUGUUUUGUAUAAAGAUUUGCUGUUAGCUUACAUUGAAUUUUGCAUUCAGCAUAAUUUUCCAGUUGCAGGUUUAUUAUGUGUUAAAUCAUAUCUGAAGGAAUUGGGGGUUGUUGUUCAAGAGAUGAGUGGGUAUAAAACUCUUCAUUAUUCUUUUGCUGGGCUACAGCUGUUGAACCUAAGAGUUCAUCAUGACAACUAUCAGAGUUCAUUGCUAUUACAACCCAGGAUUCCAAAUGGCCUGUUUGAUUAUAAUAAUAAUUUAGAUGAUGAUGGCCAUGAUGAUAAGAUACAGUAUAACACUGACAACUUAACUUGUCAAAGAUCUUCAAUAUUCAGCUUUUUACUCUUGAAGAUUAAGAUAACUGAUGAGGAAAGUGAUACUGUUUCACAAACAGUUUUUCUUAAAGCCUACAGUGAUUUUUGCUGGAAAAAUAAUCUGUUUAUUACACCUUAUUAUUAUGUACUCAAAUGCUUUGAUAAACUGGGCUUUGACAAGAAACUCCAAUAUGAAAAGCAAUAUAGACAGGGCUUAAUACACAAAGAUAUUCUUAAACACUAUUCAUCAGCUCUCACCAAAGUAAUAAAGAAAGCCAAACAACUAUACUACUCCAGCAGAUUCACAGACACUAGAGGAGAUAUAAAAAAGACCUGGAAAACACUCUCUCAGAUUCUAGGGACCCACAAACUGAGAAAAACCAAGAAUAUUGUCCUAACUAAACCUAAUGAAACACCACUACAUCCCACUGACACAGCUAACAAGAUAAAUGACUUCUUCUCAACCAUAGGAUCUAAUCUAGCUUCCCGCAAAGCUUAG